GCUAUGUUUAUAUUGAUAGUUUGUGUGGCAAAUUCGAAGUGUUCAACUUGUUCUUUAUCAUUCUGAUAAAAUUUCAUUACAAUUUUUUAAAUAUAUUGAAAACUAAAUACACUGUUCGAUAAUACAAUACUACGUAGAACUAUUAGUAUUUUAAUUUCCGAAAUGGCCAUAGACUUGAAAGUUUUUACCUUAAACUGCUGGGGUUUACGGGGAAUUUCGAAAAACAGAAAAACUCGCAUAAAUGCGAUUGCCGAAGUUUUAUCUAAAAAAGACUAUGAUGUCAUUUGUUUGCAAGAAGUGUGGAUGGAUAAAGACUAUCAAACUAUAAAGCUCAAACUUGAAGAAGUGCUCCCAUAUUCACACUAUUUCUACAGUGGCGUGGUUGGGUCAGGGGUAUGCAUUUUUUCGAAACAUUUCAUUGAAGAAGCAUUUUUUCACCAUUGGAGCGUAAAUGGAUAUAUUCACAAAUUGCACCAUGGAGACUGGUGGGCUGGAAAAGGAGUUGGUCUGUGUCGCCUUAAAAUUGAGACCGACGAGUGCAAUUAUCAUGUUAAUAUUUAUUCUGCUCAUUUGCAUGCUGAGUACAACCGUGCUACAGAUGACUAUUUAGCACAUAGAAUCUUGCAAGCCUAUGAUACCGCUCAAUUCAUUUUGCUCACUUCGGGUACAGCAGAUUUAGUAGUGUUGGCUGGUGAUUUGAAUACAGAACCUGAUGAUUUAGCUUAUAGGAUAAUUUUGAACGUGCCUGGACUUACCGACUCAUAUCUGAAGGCAAACAAUACAGAUCAGGAUGGUUUUGCAACAUGUGAGAGCUACUUAAAUAGUUAUACAAACUCUGCUGCAAUUAGAAAUAGGGAAUUGGGGAAAAGGAUAGAUUAUGUUUUAUAUCAUCCCGGCUCAAAUGUAAGGGUAGAUUUUAAAAGUUAUUCACUGCCAUUGCCUGCACGAAUACCUCAACAGUGUUUUAGUUUCUCUGACCACGAGGCAAUUCUAGUUGAAUUUAAGAUAUCUAAACAGGGCACACCUAAUAGAGAUCUACCAGAUUUAAAUUCCAAAAAAAUUGUUUUGGAGAAAUCAAUAUUUUUAUGUCAAAAAGCAUUAAAAAGUAUUAAAAGAACAGAAUAUUUGUACUGGCUUGGAGUAUGCCUAUCACUUAUGUUACUGGUAGGCAGUUUAAUUUUGCCAGCUACUCGAAUUGACUUUGUUGUUGAAAAUAUUCGCCCAGUAUUAUCUGUAUUACUGGUAAUUUUUACUAUAUCAACGAUUUUUUGUGUCCUAAUGGCCACAAUAUGGACUAGAAUUGAGAAACAUGGGGUUCUUUCAGGAAUAUUGGCAAUGGAGAAAUCUUUAAGAGUAUUAAUACAUGAAUGAAUAUUCAAUAUCAAGGAAGUUAAAUUUUCAGGUGAUAAAAAAUGGUCCAAAAAUUCUUACACUCAUUGUAUUUUAAAAUGAACUACUUAAUUAUUUAAGUAUAGUCCAGUGGUUUAAAUAUUGUCAGGGUAUGCUUGAGGUGCAAUAGCAGUAUGAUUAUUUGUUGAUGUUGUUGCUCACUAAGUAUAUCCAUAGAGGGAAGUACAGCUGGGUUUACCCACUCAUGUCAAACCAACUUUUGGUAAAUAUGAGAAUAUUAAUGAAACAUCUUGUUUAAAUGCAGAAUUCUAUGUACUAUUUCAAUAAAAACUUUGUAGACAAAAAUGUAAUCUUACUAAAAACAAAGUAGCUAACCCUUUGUGGAAUUAUCACUCGCCCCUUAUUUCUGACAGCUUCAAAACUAAUUUAAAUACCCCCAAGA